AUGCGGGCGUUCUGUGCGCUGAGCGCUGCCUGGGCCGCGCCGGUGCCGCUGAGGGAUGUGGGGGCAUUCGUCGACCCCGUCUUCGUGCCGGACUUCUUCUUUGACCUGGUUGAUGGUGCUGAGGUGCUGCGCGCGCUUUUGGAGGCGCCGGAAGUGGGCGGCCAGGGCUACACCGCGUCAGUGCUGGACGAGAUGGUGCCCAAGCCGCCCCGUAUGGCGCCCACGCUGCUGUGGCAGACUGGGCUCUGGAAGGCUUUGAGCUACCGCCCAGUGUCCCAGGUCAUUGUGGACGUGGGCGCUCACGAGUGGAGCCGCUUCCUGCCGGAGCUGCGGACAGACGAGUCGGCCUGGCUGGUGCUGGUGGAGCCCGGGCGGAAGGCCUUUCUCGAGCUCUUCCGGCGCCUCAAGGUGGACUAUGCCGAUGUGCUGGACCGCGUAGUGGCCAUCCCUGCGGCGCUCUCCGGGGAGGAAGGCUUCACCUGGGGCUUCAGCACCCUGCACACCAACGACUUUUUGGGCGGCGAGUGCAACAGCCUGCUGCCGCCCGACACGCGGAACUGGGACCAUCCCUGCACAGAGAAGGGCGCCGAGGUCAUCGUCCCCGUGAUGUCUUUGGAGCUUCUGCUGCACGGGGUGCUGCUGGGCCGGUCCCACGCCGGUGAGGAUAUGGUCACUGAGCUGCGGGAGGUCCUGGAACAAGGCCCGCCCAUCCACCUCAAGCUGGACGCCCAGGGCUCGGAUGUCCAGAUCCUGUCGGCCCUAGCCUCCAGCAAAGCGCCCUUGGCCCACGUGCUGCUGGAUCGCCUGGAGAAGGUCCAGCUGGAGGUGUCCGAAGAUCCCAUCUACGAAGGCCAGCCGCUGCGGCACGAGGUGUUCGCCAGAAUGUUCGACAUGGGCUUUCAAGUGGACUGGCAGAAGGAGGAGGUUCAUGAUGGAGGGGUCCACCGUCUCUGGUGCGGGUGCCGAAUGGUUCUGGACUACCCCCGCACGGAGGACUGCUUCUUCCAGCGUUCCUCCUCCUGGGCACACGGCAGGGUCCUGGAUUUAGUGCUGCGCCGCCCCGUGGAAAUUCUGCGCCUCAACGAGGGCUCGGAGCUGUCCAUCUCCACCCAGUAUAGCCACUACAUGUGGGCGCACGUGGAGGACUGCAAUCGAGACGAGCAGAUGGUGCGGCUCAGGGAUGAGACGGGCACCGGUCUGGCGUGCCUCUACGGCAUUGCUGGCUGGCCACUCCGUCACGCCAUCCUGGCGGUCAUCGAGUUGUGGGAUCUGAUCUGGUUCGCGGUGCGUGGGGAAAGUGCCGAGACAAAGGUGGCGCAGUAUGUCCGCGUCUUCAACAGCAUAUGGGUCCUCCUCUCUGGUGGCUCCUGGGAGCACUUGCACGACGCGGGGGCCGCCCACCUGGUUUUCAUGGUGCUGGUCGAGGCAACCUGCUUGGCCUUCCCCAUGCACUGCGGAGGACGUGAGCCUGCGGGAAGCCAAACCCUCUGCGCCACGCUGGGUGCAUGCUUUGAGGUGUUCCGCUCGAAAGCGGAGACAUUGGAGACUGUGGUGGAGAACCCAGCAGACUUUGUGGGCCUCUUCCGCGCGGCUCAGCGCCUCACGGCGCUGCGCUGCUUCCCCGACACCUGGCGCCUCGAGUUGGACCGCUCCAGGUCCCCGCACUUCCCCACCACCGUGUCGGUGGGCGGCGGCUUCAAUGUCACCGUCCUGGACGUGGACUCGGCCGAGUGCCUGCUGGAGAUCUCGCUGGUGGCCUGGAGCCCGGACGCCGAGGGCAUGUUGGCCUUCCACCGCUACGUCUGGGAGAAGACGGAUCGCGUCAAGGAUUUGGACAGCGCGGACUUCCGCGUGCCCAGCGAAGGGAAGCUCUGGGACUUUGACUGCCUCUUCAUUUUCGGCGCGGGCGAAACCCGGCGCAGCCGUGGUGAUGUCUUUAGCCACUCGAUGCUCUCAGAGGUGCCUGGCACCAAGGACCCUCCCAUGCUCUUCGUGCGCUGCGAAGCGCCCAGCGGGGAUCUGGAGGCGCCACAGGCGGUGCGCCUCGUCAGCGCCCUGUCGCGCCGGGAGAUGCCGAAGCUGGAGCUUGAGGUGCCCCUGCGCCGGGACAGGCGGCCCCAGGUGAUGACGGCGCUGUGUACGCAGCAGGUCUGGGACUUCGAGGGCCUGGAGAAGCGAGCGCCGCACCACGCGGAGCUGUGGUUUCGCUACUUCAGUGAGCUGGGGGUGGAUGAGAUCUACCUCUACGACCUGGACGGCUCCUUCCGGGAUGUGGGCUUCGUGACGAAGGAGCUGCAAGGUGCCGGGCGCCUGGUCUACGAGGGCUCCAUUUCGCGGAUCCCGCCCUUGGGUGACCUCUAUGCGUUGGCGGGCUACAAGACCUCCACGGCCCAUCUGGCGCAGACCUUGGUGCAGCAGCACUGCUGGCAGCGGGCGCGCCAGAACGCACAAUGGGUGAUCUCCGUGAGCCACGGCUGGGACAUGUUCCUCUUCUCCCCGGUCAUGGCCUCCCUGGACGACCUGCUGCAGGAGCUUGAUCCGCAUCAAGUCUCCUAUGUGCUGGGUAUCCGCUAUGGCGCCAAGGAUGACGACGACCGAAAGGCCGACCGCCCGGGUCCGGCGGCCAACGUGUUCCUGCGGUUCCCUUUCCACGUGGACCCCGCCGUGCGGCCAGAAGAGCUGCUGAGCACGGAGGAGCACAUCGUGAUCGCUAACCCCCGGCUCGUGGAGAUGGCAGUGCUGGGGGACGUGGUGAAACGCCAGGAGGCCCCGUUGCAGUCAAAUCUUCUGCGAACGCGGGGGGCAGAGUUUGCCGGGGCCAUGAUGACCGAGAGGCAUCGUCUGGACGUGAGCCGGUGGCGCGCCAACCACUACGUGGCGCUUCUGGGGCGCUCGCUGGUCUUCCGAGUGGAGGAGGCCACCCCGCAGCUCCGGAACUUCUCCAUCUACGACCUGGCGGCGGUGGAGCUGGGCGAGAGGCUGGCGCGCUGA